AUGAAACUUUUUACCCUCUCCGCUUUAUCCGCCGGCGUUUCUGCCCAUUCCUGGAUCGCUUGCACCGAUUAUUUGGAGAAGAACGCAAGAUACUACGACCACGAUCUUUGCCGAGCGUGGCCUCGAGAUGCUCAUCAGUAUGCUCCAAUCGGGCAGACUUUCGGUGGAGACCGAGGAUUCGACCAUCGGCCCAAUUCGGGAUCGUCUCCUUGCAAGUCUUCCCGAAACAACAACAACUACCAGAGCGGCCACCACUCGACGGUCUACUACCAAGGCCAGCAAGUCAUCCUCGCUCAUCCGAUGAAAAACCACGGAACAGGACCGUGCACGAACCCCUACAUUCCCGACAACGGAAACUGGAUCUACGCAACUGCUCAAACCAACCCCGGUCAAGCUGACCAGGUCUUGAGCGUUUUCAAACAAAACGAAGUCGCCAACCUCGGAAAGUCGCCAACUGGCAAUGGAGUCGACACCGAAGCUUAUCCAAAAGUGGGUUACGCCAACGCUCCUGCUUUUUGCGAAGAUACAGAUAAAUCUCUUGGAACUUACUCUUUCAACAUCCCAGAAGAUUAUCCAGUUGGAAGCUACACUUUCUCCUGGGUUUGGGCUUUCAACCACGCAACUGAUUACUACUCUACUUGUUUCGAAGUCGAAAUUGUAGCCGACAAAGCUGCUAGAGAUAGCAUCAUUCUCGGGCGAGGCCAAACUGAUACUCGGGCCAUUUGCGAUGCUUCUGGCACAUCGACUGGAGAAAAUGGAUCAACUGUAGGCUGUGAUGGCAGUGGACCAACUGACGCCCCUACGACGACCACAACAGAAGAAACAAGCACUGGAGGCGGUGGAAACAACCACGGAACUGGUGACGCAGAGAUUCGAACUAAUCAAAUGACUGGAAACAUCAUCCUUCAACCAGCACAAGGAGGAACAACACGACGAGAAAUCCACGUCGUCUUCUUUGGCGAAUGCAGUGACGAUGCCGUUCCCAACUUUUGGUACGCCGACUUUACCGGAACAACAAACGGUGACGGAUCUCUCCUUCGAAAACGCCGCUCAGACGGAUCUGGAAUGAGCGAAAAACACUUUGUUCUUGUCCAAACUGAAGCUGAAGAUAUACAACGAGCGAAAAUUGGAUUCCACUGGGGAUUUAGUAAUGAUGGCUGCGAGCUAUUAGAAAUGCCUGCUGUUGUGCAUGUUAUUGAUUCAUAA